AUGUGGAGUCAGAGGAUCGUGAGUGGCUCCUUGUUGAGCAUCAACAGACCCCCAGUGUUUGCAGAGGAGCUGCCUAUUAACUCACGUUUCCUCCACUUUUUCCCCUUCGACCUGGUCACGGAGGUAAUAAUGAAGUUCAUUAACAGGCAGGGCCGGCCCAAAGCAGAUGCAGAAAAGGAGCAGAAUCAGCUCGACCGAGAAACGUUCUCCUGUUUGAUCUGUCUGGAUCUACUGAAGGAUCCGGUGACUACAUCCUGUGGACACAGCUACUCUGCCAUCAAGAAAACAUUCAAACCGAGGCCUGUGCUAAAGAAGAACACCAUGCUAGCAGCUUUAGUGGAGCAGCUGAAGAAGACUGGACUCCAAGCUGCUCCUGCUGACCACCGCUAUGCUGGACAUGAAGAUGUGGCCUGUGAUUUCUGCACUGGAAGAAAACUGAAAGCCAUCAAGUCCUGCUUAUUCUGUCUGGCCUCUUACUGCAGGAAACACCUUCAGCCUCAUUAUGAUUCAGCUGCUUUUAAGAAACACAAGCUGGUGGAGCCGUCCAAGAACCUCCAGGAGAACAUCUGCUCUAAGCAUGAUGAGGUGAUGAAGAUGUUCUGCCGCACUGAUCAGAAGUGCGACUGCCUCAUCUGUUUAAUGGAGGAACAUAAAGGUCAUGACGUAGUGUCAGCUGCAGCAGAAAGGACUGAGAGGCAGAGAGAGCUGGAGGAGAGACGAGGAAACAUCCAGCAGAGAAUCCAGGACAGAGAGAAAGAUGAGAAGCUGCUUCAACAGGAAGUUGAGGCCAUCAAUCGCUCUGCUGAUAAAACAGUGGAGGACAGUAAGAAGAUCUUCAGCGAGGACAACAGGAGCAACAAACUGACCUGA